AGAGAGAGAGAGAGAAUGCUUUCGGCUAAUCAAGCUAAUACCCCCCUCGUCUAUGCUGUAUUGGGCAGUUAAGGGAAUACCAAAAUCUCUCAAACAUCUUCCUCUCUUACUACCUUUUUGCAAUUGCGCUCUCUCUCACUCCCUCUCUUUUUAGUCCUAGGUUUUCCACUUUCAAGAAUCAAGACUCAAGCCAUAGUUCCUCUUCUCAACCCACCUUCUCUUCUUUACCCAUAAAGCACCAAAUAUAGCCCAAGAAAAUCCUCAAAUCCAAGCACCAAAUAUGGCCCGAGAAAAUCCUCAAAUCCCCCGCUUUGUCUCUCCCUCUUAUUUUGCCUUGUGGCUUGUGAGGGAGGGAUGAUCGGCAGGCACAAGAUCCUCACUCGCUUCCCUCUAUAAGGAAGAAGAAUUUACACACAGCUUACAUAGAGUGGUCAUCGAAUUCUUUUUCCCUUCACGCUUGCCCACAACGAGUUAGCAAGUGGAGCAAAAAAAAAAAUGUGGAAUCUCAACGACUCGCCCGAUCCUGCGGUGAGGCCGGGCGAGGAAUCGGAAGGCUGUUCCUCCCCGAAGACCUCCGACGACGAAACUGCGACCGACGCGCGGGGCAAGCGGGUCGGAUCCAUGUCCAAUUCCAGCUCCUCCGCGGUGGUCGUCGAGGACGGAUCCGACGACGAGGAGGGCCUGGCGACGGCGGCCGCCAAGGCUCACAGGAAGCGCAGCAGCAAGAUUUUCGGGUUCUCGGUGACCCAAGAGGAGGAAGCCGAUUACGACGAGGGCGGCGACGACAAUCCGGGGAGCCGCCACCCGGUGACCCGGCAGUUCUUCCCGGUGGAGGAGGAGGAGGAGCUGGAAGAGGAUGGCGAGCGGGCAGGAAUGGGGGGAGCCGCAGUGCCGCCGGGGUUCCCGAGGGCGCACUGGGUCGGAGUCAGGUUCCGCCAGUCGGAUCACCAUCCAAUCGGAUCGGGCAAGGGCUCACCGAUAUUGGAGGGUUCACAGCCCAUGAAGAAGAGCAGGAGAGGGCCGAGGUCGCGGAGCUCCCAGUAUAGAGGGGUCACUUUUUACAGGCGAACUGGAAGAUGGGAGUCUCACAUAUGGGACUGUGGAAAGCAAGUAUAUCUGGGUGGGUUUGACACUGCACAUGCAGCUGCUCGAGCAUAUGAUAGGGCGGCAAUCAAGUUCCGGGGAGUAGACGCGGAUAUAAAUUUCCGGAUUGAAGACUAUCAAGAAGACAUGAAACAGAUGAGUAAUUUAACCAAGGAAGAAUUCGUGCAUGUACUUCGCCGCCAAAGCACCGGAUUUCCAAGAGGAAGCUCGAAGUACCGGGGAGUCACAUUGCACAAGUGCGGAAGAUGGGAGGCUAGAAUGGGACAAUUUCUGGGCAAAAAGUAUGUGUAUCUAGGACUGUUCGAUACCGAGAUUGACGCCGCAAGGGCUUAUGAUAAAGCUGCAAUUAAGUGUAAUGGCAAGGAUGCUGUCACCAAUUUUGACCCAAGCAUCUACGAGGAUGAGCUUAACCCCAGUGAAUCUUCUGGUAAUGCUGCAGAUCACAAUCUUGAUCUGAGCUUAGGAAGUUCAGCUUCAAAGCCAAACGAUCUUGAAGUUGGAAAUGAUGUCCCAAUUGUCGGGGUUGACCAGAGUUCCUCGUCAAUGCCGUACGAUGGCGACUGGCGAAAUCGAGAAUUAAGGCCCAAGUUAAAUCUGCAUCAAGAGCCAGGAAGAAGGAAUGGGUACAGCGAAGCCGAGACCACGCGGUUGCUGAGCCAAACACACAUUCACUCUCCAGGCUCCAUGAGAGCUCCUACUGCUCAUGAUGAACUGCAAAUAUAUGGACAAAUGAAGAGGCCGGGAGAUCAUCAAGCUCACAACAUGCUUCACCUUCUUCCACCGCAUCUCAGCUCACCAAAUUACCAAGUGCAGUUCUCAAGCAGCAGCUAUGGAGGAAGGAUUGGAGAUCUUUCACUGUCAUCAACAACACCAUCGCCGACAAGCGAGCAUCAACAAUGGCACUCAUCGACUCCAUCAGCGUCAUCAUCAUCAUCAUCGAGUGCUCUCCAUGUAUUUGCACCUGCUGCAGCAUCAUCAGGAUUCCCACAGCAGAUCAGACCCACCCCAAAUUGGCUGCAGAAAAAUGGGUUUCACUCAUUCAUGAGACCUUGAUUGAACUCCCCACCCAAAAAAAAAAAAAGGGACGAAGAAACCAAAAUUGUCUUCUAAUAAUUUUUCUGCUCUGUCCGUUUAUCUGGGUCAUCCUUCAAAUUUUUGUUCUUCUCUUCUAUAAAAUAUCAAGCUCUGUAACGAAACACCCUCCUUUUCCUUCACUUUUGAAUUUUUUUCCCCUUCUCUCUUAACCCCAAAAGUAGAGAGAGAAGAAAGGGAGGGAGGGAGAGUGAGAAGGAGAGGAAUAUCACGGAUGUUUUUCAGAUUACGGAAGCGUGGGAGGGACCUUGGUCAGUCGGUCAAAACUAACAAACGGACGAAAUCUAUUGACUAGAUUUUCUGGGUUUCUGACUGGAAACUGCUCCAAUCUUAAUGCAUCUCUCUGCUGUUUGUUCUGUUUUGUUUUGCCGCCCUAUAUAAUGUAUUACCUCGCAUCAUCUACCGUCUAUUAUAAAAGUAAUAUGGCAAUGCAUUUUCA